UAAUACAUGUCUUAUUAAUUUUGCAACGUAUAUAAUGCGUGCACAAUAUUUUUAGGUCACUUCAAUUACAUCUUUGACAGACAAACAUGGGUACAUCUACAUUUCUCUUUGUUUUAGUUGGUAAUGUUAUAUUUGGAACUGCAAUAUCAGGCAGUAUCGACUAUGAACCUAAAUCAAUUCAAAUUACCGUCAACGAAAAUUUCAAUACACAGCCAGGACGCGGCACCGAAGAAAAUGGCCACUCCCACGAUAAUGCUUUUCUACAUCAAGGUGCAAACUUUUACUUCAAACCACAGUUGAACAUUCGGCCCAAUUUUAUUCCAUCUCACAUUGAAGCUUUGAUAUCACUGUUAAAGAACCAGCCUUGUUCGAAAGAUAAAUUAAUAGAAAUUUUAAAACCGUUUAUUAACGCUCCGAGUCAAAAUGUACCAGGAUUAGAAGUGAUACCAGACGCUCCGUUAUUACCACCUCUGGCCCUUGCGGAUAUUCCUUCCGCGGUUGGCGAUGAAGAAGACAAAUUAGACCAACAAGUAAUUUUAGAAGAGCUCACAGUUCCAGAAAUAAUCUCCAAACCCGAUAUAACAGUUAUUAACAGUAAUCCUAGGCCCAUCACUGCCGAAUUUUCAGACAUACCAGAAGCUCCAGUAUUACCACCUAUGGUAUUUAAUAAUUUACCUGCCGCUAUUGGAGAAGAGAUCAAAUUGGAAGAACAGUUGAUUUCAGGCAAGCCCGGAAGCGUGUUUCUUGAACCUAAACCUAUCAGUGCCGAACUACCCUUAAUGCCAGAAGCUCCAGUAUUACCACCGCUAGCACUUGACAAGAUUCCUUUGACUUUUGGAGAAGAAGUCAAAUUGGAAAAUCAACUAAUUUCAGAAGAGGACAAGAAUGGGUAUUCUACAAUUUCAGUACAGCCUCCCCUGCCGAAGCCUAAACCCGUUACUCCGGAAUUCUCUAUAGUUCCAGAAGCGCCGGAAUUACCACCAAUGGUACUCACUAAUGUGGAUUCUGCUUUUGGAGGAGAAAUUAAAUUAGAAGAACAGUUACUUUCAGUAAGGCCUACAGGGAUUUUCCCUGAAAUUCCAGAAAUAUCCGCAAAACCAGAAAUAACAUUUAUCAACACUGAGCCUAAGCCCGUCGCUGCAGAUUUUUCAGCCAUCCCAGAAGCUCCGGUAUUACCACCGCUGGCAUUUGAUAAGAUUCCAGUUUUUAUUACAGAAGAACAAUUGAUUUCAGAAAAGCCCAAUGGAGUGUACCCUACAAUUUCAGUAAUUCCUUCUCGACCAAAACCUGUUGUUAUUCAAACUAAACCAUUGGGUCCAGAAUUCACAAUCAUCCCAGAAGCUCCGGUACUACCUCCACUUGUAAUCACUAAUAUACCUUCCGCUGUUAGUGAUGAGAGCAAAUGGGAAGAACAGGUAUUUUCACAAGAGCCCACAGGUGUGUUCCCCCAAAUUCCAGAAAUACUCGCUAAACCAGAGAUAACAGUUAUUAACACUGAGUCAAGACCCGUACCUGCAGAGUUUUCAGACAUCCCAGAAGCCCCGGUAUUACCACCUCUCGCAUUCGAUAAGAUUUCAUUCGGUAGUACGGUGGAGCAAAAAUUAGAAGAACAAUCGAUGCAAGGAGAGCCCAAUGGUAUAUACCCCACUCUACCACAAAUGCUCAUCAAACCAGAGAAUACGGUAUUUGAUACUGAAAGUAAACCAAUUAACCAGGAACUACCAAUCAUCCCAGAAGCUCCCGUAUUACCACCUCUGGUGCUUAAUAACAUUCCUUCCGCUAUUGGAGAAGAAAUCAAGAUGGAAGAACAAGUAAUUUCUGGCCAGUCCUCAGGUGCGUACCCCAGCACUCCAGAAAUCCUCGCCAAUCCAGAGAUAACAGUUAUCAACACUGAGCCAAGACCCGUCACUGCAGAGUUUUCAGACAUCCCAGAAGCCCCGGUAUUACCACCUCUCGCAUUCGAUAAGAUUUCAUUCGGUAAUACAGUGGAACAAAAAUUAGAAGAACAAUCGAUGCAAGGAGAGCCCACUGGUAUGUACCCCACUCUACCAGAAAUGCUGAUCAAACCAGAGAUGUUUGAUACUGAAAGUAAACCAUUUAGCCAGGAACUACCAAUAAUCCCAGAAGCUCCCAUAUUACCACCUCUGGUACUUAAUAGCAGUCCUCCCGCUAUUGGAGAAGAAAUCAAGAUGGAAGAACAAGUAAUUUCUGGACAGCCCUCAGGUGCGUACCCCAGCAUUCCAGAAGUCUUCGCCAAACCAGAGAUAACAGUUAUUAACACUGAGCCAAGACCCGUCACUGCAGAGUUUUCAGACAUCCCAGAAGCCCCGGUAUUACCACCUCUCGCAUUCGAUAAGAUUUCAUUCGGUAGUACAGUGGAACAAAAAUUAGAAGAACAAUCGAUGCAAGGAGAACCUACUGGUACGUACCCCACUCUACCAGAAGUGCUCAUCAAACCAGAAAUUAUUGAAAGUAAUCCAAUUAACCAGGAACGACCAAUAAUCCCAGAAGCUCCCGUAUUACCACCGCUGUUACUUAAUAACAUUCCUUCCGCUAUUGGGGAAGAAAUCAAAUUGGAAGAACAAGUAAUUUCUGGCCAGCCCGCGGGUGUAUACCCCAGCAUUCCAGAAAUUCUCGCCAAACCAGAGGUAACAGUUAUUAACACUGAAAAUAAGCCAAUCUUCCCGGAAUUACCAAUAAUACCUGAAGCACCUGUUUUACCACCACUGGUUCUUGCUGAUAUUCCUUCUGCUUUUGCAGAAGAAAUUAAAUCAGCUGAACAGUUAAUUUCACAAGGGCCCACAUAUAUGUCUCCUGAAAUUCCAGAAUUACUCGCUAAACCAGAGAUAACAGUUAUUAACACUGAGCCAAGAUCCGUCAUUGCAGAGUUUUCAGGCAUCCCAGAAGCUCCGGUAUUACCACCUCUUGCAUUCGACAAGAUUUCAUUCGGUAGUACAGUAGAACAAAAAUUAGAAGAACAAUCGAUGCAAGGAGAACCUUCUGAUGUGUACCCCACGCUUCCUGGAAUGCUAAUCAAACCGGAUUUCACGGUUUUUGAUACUGAAAGUAAACCAAUUAACCAGGAACUUCCUAUAAUCCCAGAAGCUCCCGUAUUACCACCUCUGAUAUUUAAUAACAUUCCUUCCGCUAUUGGAGAAGAAAUCAAGUUGGAAGAACAAGUAAUUCCAGGUGAGAACAUAGGUGUUUAUCCUAGCAUUGCAGAGAUUCUCGCCAAACCAGAGAUAACAAUUAUUAACACUGAAAGCAAACCGAGCUCUAUGGAAUUUACAAAAAUCCCAAAACCACCAGUUUUACCACCAUUGACUUUCUCCGAUGUUCCUUCUAUGUUUGGAGAUGAAAUUAAAUUUGAAGAGCAUUUAAUGUCACAAAAACCUACAGGUGUGUUUCCCAAUAUACCAGAAAUACUCUCCAGACCUGAAGCUAUUAAAGAAGAGAUCAAAGAGGAACAGUUGAUGUCAAAGGAGCCUACAGGUGUGUUUCCUGAAAUUCCCGAAUUAUCAGCCAAACCCGAGAUAGAUAUCACUUACACUGAGCCUGAACCUGUCACUGCAGAAUUUUCAGCUAUCCCAGAAGCUCCAGUAUUACCACCUCUGACAUUUAAUAACAUUCCUGCUGCUAUUGGAGAAGAAAUCAAAUUGGAAGAACAACUUAUUACAGCCGCGUCUGCAGAUGAUCAUCCUACGAUUCCUGAAGUUCCUUCUAAACCCGAGCCGAUUGCUACUGAUAGUGAGCCUAAACCCUUAAUUUCAGAAUUACCAAUAAUUCCAGAAGCUCCGGUAUUACCACCUCUGUCAUUUAAUAACAUUCCUGCCGUUUUUGGAGAAGAAAUCAAAUCGGAUGAACAACUAAUCACUAAAGUGCCUGCUGACGAGUAUCCUACAAAUCCUGAAGUAUCUGUUGUAUCCGAGCCGAUUACUAUUGACAUUGAGCCUAAGCCCUUAAUUUCGGAAUUAUCAAUAAUCCCAGAAGCACCGGUAUUACCAUCACUUGAACAAGAAGAAAAUAAAUUUGAUGAUGCGCUUAUAUUAGGGGAGUACACAGCAGACAUGUCUUCUAAUCCGGAAGUUCUAGUCAACAAUGAAGAGCUGGUUGAAAGUCCAGAUGCAAUUAUGAUUCCAGAACCAUCUUCAUUUUUAUGGAACAACGGGCAAUCCGACUUGAGUUCCAUCGCCUAA